AUGGCCCACCGCGCACGCCAGAGCACAGCGAGCGGCAUGCCGGACCACCGCGCCCGGCCGGGCCCCGCGCCCCCCAGCCUGGAGCCCGGGGGCCCGGACGCCGGGCUGCCCCCGGAGGGGUACGCGGCCCCCGGCCUGGUGCGGCCCCAGAGCCCCCCGCCCCCCGAGCGGGGCUGCCCCGACCACAGCCCCGACCACAGCCCCGACGGGGACUCCAGCUCCGACUACGUGAACAACACGUCGGAGGAGGAGGACUACGACGAGGGGGAGGGCGUCACCUACUACAUCCGCUACUGCCCCGAGGAGGGCAGCUGCCUGCAGGGCGGGGCCCGCCGCGGCGAGGCCUGGGAGACGGACGAGUGCCAGGAGGCCCUGGAGGACUGGACGGACUCGGCGGGCCCCGGCGGCCCCCUCCCCGGCCCCGGGGACGGGGCGUCCGCGCUGGAGGCCCCGGGCCAGGAGGAGGAGGAGGAGGAGGAGGAGGAGGAGGAGAGCUACCGGGACUACUGCCCCCCGGAGGCCAACGGGCAGGCGGUCGGCGCGGCCCCCUGCCGCCCCGAGGACCAGGAGGAGGACAUCGACCAGAUCGUGGCGGAGAUCAAGAUGAGCCUGAGCACAACCAGCAUCGCCAGCGCCGGCGAGGCCGGCCCCGAGCACGCGCCGGAGCGGGGGCCCGAGCCGGGGCUGGGGGGCGCCUCAGAGGCCGGCCCGCCCGGCGAGGCCGGCCGCGGCCCCGGCAGACACGGGGGCCGGCCCACAUCGCUCAGCCUCCCUCUGCAGGCCAGGCUCCCCGGAGACCCCCCGAGAGGCCUCAAGGCCAAGGGCAGGACCCCCGAGGAGAGGCCCACGUGGCCCCACGAGCAGGUGUGCAACGGUCUGGAGCCGCGGAAGCAGCAGCGGUCUGAUCUCAACGGGCCCGUGGACAACAACAACGUCCCCGAGACAAAGAAGGCGGCCUCCUUCCCCAGCUUCGUGGCUGUUCCAGGGCCCUGCGAGCCCGACGACCUCAUCGACGGCAUCAUCUUCGCCGCCAACUACCUGGGCUCCACCCAGCUGCUGUCGGAGCGGAACCCGUCCAAGAACGUCCGCAUGAUGCAGGCCCAGGAGGCCGUCAGCCGCGUCAAGCACUCCGAGGGGGACGCGCAGACGCUGACGGAGGUUGACCUCUUCAUCUCCACCCAGAGGAUCAAGGUGCUCAAUGCGGACACGCAGGAAGCCAUGAUGGACCACGCGCUGCGCACCAUCUCCUACAUCGCGGACAUCGGCAACAUCGUGGUGCUCAUGGCGCGGAGGCGCACGCCCCGGGCGGCCUCGCAGGACUGCAUCGAGACCACGCCGGGCGCCCCCGAGGGCGAGAAGCAGUACAAGAUGAUCUGCCACGUGUUCGAGUCCGAGGACGCCCAGCUCAUCGCGCAGUCCAUCGGCCAGGCCUUCAGCGUGGCCUACCAGGAGUUCCUGCGCGCCAACGGCAUCAACCCCGAGGACCUGAGCCAGAAGGAGUACAGCGACCUCGUCAGCUCGCAGGAGAUGUACAACGACGACCUCGUCCACUUCUCCAACUCCGAGAACUGCAAGGAGCUGCAGCUGGAGAAGCACAAGGGCGAGAUCCUGGGCGUGGUGGUGGUGGAGUCGGGCUGGGGCUCCAUCCUGCCCACCGUGAUCCUGGCCAACAUGAUGAACGGGGGCCCCGCCGCCCGCUCGGGGAAGCUGAGCAUCGGGGACCAGAUCAUGGCCAUCGACGGCACCAGCCUGGUGGGGCUGCCCCUCGCCACCUGCCAGGGAAUCAUCAAGGGCCUGAAGAACCAGACGCACGUGAAGCUCAACAUCGUCAGCUGCCCGCCCGUCACCACGGUCCUCAUCAAGCGGCCGGACCUCAAGUACCAGCUGGGCUUCAGCGUGCAGAACGGCAUUAUCUGCAGCCUCAUGCGGGGCGGCAUCGCCGAGCGAGGGGGCGUGCGCGUCGGGCACCGCAUCAUCGAGAUCAACGGGCAGAGCGUGGUGGCCACGGCCCACGAGAAGAUCGUGCAGGCGCUGUCCAACUCGGUCGGCGAGAUCCACAUGAAGACCAUGCCGGCCGCCAUGUUCCGGCUCCUCACGGGCCAGGAGACCCCGCUGUACAUCUAG